AGUGUAUAUGAAAUCAAAUCUGUGUUUGAAUUUGAAUUGACUUGGUGACUUGUGAAGAGAAGUUAGAUCGAGAGCUAUGCCAUUUACGAUGAAGAUCCAACCGAUUGAUAUCGAUUCUUCUCCAGCUGUAGCUAGAGCUGAAUCAGGCAACAAACCGGUGCUCAAAUCUCGUCUCAAACGUUUGUUUGAUCGGCCGUUCACGAGAAACGCAACAACAGCAACCACAGAGAAACCAUUCGUCACCGGUGGUGAAGUUCAAUGUAGCGGCGGCGGCGGAGUAGUGACGGAGUUCGAACCAAGCUCUGUUUGCUUAGCGAAGAUGGUUCAGAACUUCAUAGAAGAAAACAACGAGAAACAAGCUAAAUGUGGACGUAAUCGUUGCAAUUGCUUUAACGGCAACAACGAUAGCUACUCCGAUGAUGAAUCAGAUCUAUUCGGUGGUUCAAUUGACGGUUGCGACGCUUCUGAUCAUCUCAAGAGUUUGAUUCCGUGCACAACCGUCGGCGAGAGGAAUCUGUUAGCCGACGCGGCGAAGAUUGUAGAUAAGAACAAAUCGGUGAAACGAAAAGACGAUAUGAAGAAGAUCGUCAACGAAGGACUCUUAUCACUUAAUUACAAUUCUUCAAUCUGCAAAUCUAAAUGGGAUAAAUCUCCUUCGUUCCCAGCUGGUGAAUAUGAGUACAUAGAUGUGAUAAUCGGAGAAGAAAGGUUAAUAAUCGAUGUAGAUUUCCGAUCAGAGUUUGAUAUAGCGAGACAAACGAGUGGUUACAAGGCGUUGCUUCAAUCUCUACCGUUCAUUUUCGUCGGAAAAUCUGAUCGGUUAAGUCAGAUCGUGUUUUUGAUAUCGGAGGCGGCGAAACAGAGUUUGAAGAAGAAAGGAAUGCAUUUUCCUCCGUGGAGGAAAGCUGAGUAUAUGCGAUCUAAAUGGUUAUCUUCUUAUACACGAGCUGUUGUUGUUGUUGAUGAGAAGCCGGAGACGGAGACGGAUGUUGCGGUGGUGACGGCGGACACGGCGGAGAGGGAGGUGGAUAGUGGUGUAGAGAUUGAGCUGGUUUUUGAGGAGAAAUGUUUAUCUCCGAGAGUGAAUAUUAAUUCUUCCUCCUCUCCAAACGACGGCGAUGAUGACGUGGCGGUGGAGAGAGAAGUGAAGGCUGUCACCGGAUUAGCUUCACUCUUUAAGGAAAAGCCCUAAAUAAAAAAUUUUGGAGUUUUUU